AUGGAGGCAAAGGCUGCAGAACUCUUGGCGGUCUUCAAAAACCCCAACGUUUCGAUUGACUCCCGAGUCGCCCAUCUGACCGCCAUCAAAUCCGAUAUAAAACAGAAAAAUGUCCCCGAAGGCGCGAUCGUAACCAUUUUUGAUACCCUGCGGCUUGCCAUAAACUCUCAACACUACUCGGUUUGCAGCGCAGGCUUUUCCACAUUGGGUCAUUUCCUGAAGCGCCUGUCGAUUCAAGACCAACAGCAAUGGAUUCUCAGCCAGGCGCGGAAUUUCUACCCAUUACUUUUGGAGCGACUGGGAGACCACAAGGAGCGUGUGCGCGCUCAAUCGGCGUCCAUAUUCACGGAACUUUGGUCGCACUCCAGCGAAGAAUCCGAAUACUAUGUGCUUCAGUGCGCUCUCGUGGGUAAAAACCCCAGAGCCAAGGAGAUGAGCAUGCUCUGGCUGUCCACUAUGACAAAGAACCACGGCUUGCUGUUCCGCCAGUACGUACCAUCGCUGGUCGCGUGUUUAGAGGAUGCCGACAGCGCCGUUCGAGACACGGCCAGAUCGGUCGUUGUGGAAUUAUUCAAAAAUGGCUCUGCGAGAGCCAAAUCAGAUCUACAAAAACAGCUCAUUGCUCGUGGCGUGAGGAAAUCUAUUGCCAAUGCGAUCCUUUCAAGCAUCGGACUCGGACCAGGAGAGCCAGAGAGCUCAGCUCGACCUAUCUCUCGUGCCGAACGUCCGAUCUCCGUUAUGUCUUCUCGCUCACAUGCUGUUGACAUGCACGACGAAGGAUCGAUCGACUCCUGCCCCGGCAGAGCCCCCAGCCGACCUAAGACCCCAGCUGAGGCACCUGUUGUCCAAAACAAUCCUUCAGACGAGGAUGGCGUUGAGCCAUAUUUAGUGUCAUCGUCUCGGGACGUUGAAGAUACGGUGCGCGAUAUGAUGUAUUGGUUUGAUGGGAAAGAAUCUGAAGACAAUUGGAUGAAGCGUGAGAAGAGUGUCAUCCUCCUUCGGAGAAUGACUCGUGGCAAUGCGCCCCAUGACUUCAGCCAGGCUUUCUUGCAUGGUGUGAAGGCCCUGCUGGAUGGAAUUUUCAAGGUUGCCAAUUCCCUGAGAACCACGUUGUGCACUGCUGGCUGCCUCUUGAUCCAGGAUCUUGCUCAGGUCUGCGGUCCCAAAAUUGACGGGAUGGUAGAGAUCAUGAUGCAGAACCUGAUUAAAUUGUGUGGAUCUUUGAAGAAGAUCGCGGCACAAAAUGGCCAAACGACUGUCGACGCCGUCAUUGGCAAUGUGACAUUCAAUAUCCGUAUUCUUCAGCAUGUUCAUUGGGCAUCGCAGGACAAGAAUUUGCAGCUACGCCUUUGUGCCGCCGGAUGGCUUCGGACCUUGAUUUCUCGCCAGGCCCAUCAAAAAAGCACACUUGAGCAUGGUGGCGGCUUGGAUCUGAUCGAGAAGUCUCUCAAAAAGGGACUUGGCGACGCCAAUCCGGGAGUACGAGAGGCAAACCGCAGCACCUUUUGGACUUUCUUUGGCGUAUGGCCGGACCGGGCAAAUAUUAUCUUGUCUGAUCUCGAUUCUAAGUCACGUAACUUGUUGGAAAAAGACCCAUCCAACCCGAACGCGACGCAAAGGGGACCCGCAUCCUCUGGAAAAGGUGCUAGUGGCCCCGGAGCUGGUCGUUCGGCUCUGAAAGAAGCCAUUGCAGCCAAGAGGAAAGCCAACAUGCCAUCUCGCCCAGAGUCUGCUCAGCCCACUUUCACCGAAACUAAGGCACCAGAACAGACUAAGUCUACAGCAAGAACGGUCCCUACCGGCGCACCUCUAUCAUCCUUGUCUUCUGCGCCCAUGCGACCAGCAAUGAAACCACGACGUGCUGAACUGAGCCGCCCUGCAACGGCAGAUCCUUAUGCAACUCGGCCGAGCUCUAGAGCAGCCCAGUCAUCCAGCAAGCCGCCAGCUAGCUCCCCAAGAUCAGUGAGAUCUAAAGCGUCGACACCUUCAUCGAAGCCAAUCAGCGCUCCUCGACUUCGACCUCAUGAGGCUGGACAGACUGGGACAACAAGAGGGAAACCCAAGAAGCUGGACCUUUCCAAAUCCAAGUCCCAUGGAGACCUUGGGGUGGCUAGUCGUGUGCGUAGCGAUUCUGAUGACAGCAUGGCGCAUCAAAACCUGCUGCAGAAUUCCCAUGGUGAUUCAGCGACUGCAUCGGAAGAACAAACCUCGCCAAAUCCCAUUGUGUUGGAAAGCCCGCCGCUAUCAACCUCACAUCCGCCACUUUCCAACCAGCAGAACUUCGAGCCUUACUCAGAGGAUGUCUCCGGGCAUAUCGGGGAGCCGCAGCACCUCUCGCUAGACGAAGAGCCUGCCAUUCAGCCUUCUCCAGAAACCCCCAACCUGGGUUCCGCUGUGCCACUCCAUCACCCAGGCCCGGAAUCAGACUCGGAGCCUGUCCCAAAGACCCAGCCCGAUGAGAUGGUCAUCUAUGAAGACCCCGACACUCCCGUUGCUGCUGGAACCGAGACGCCCGAUAUUGCACCUGUCGAAAAUUUCACGCCACGGCAGUCACCUGUGAGAUCACCCGCUAGAUCCACUGUGAGAACACCACGCCAUGCCGCCGAUGGACAGAAGUCGGGCGACGAUACCACGACGCACACUCCAGCGGCCUUGGAAACCCCGACUAAGAAUCCAUCUAUCGGAUUGACUCCUCGCCGGAGUGCGACCAAGGAAACCAUGGUCAAUGAGAACCACUUCCAGUCCUCAGUUCAGAGGACACCUCUUCGAGGCAGCCCCUCACCUUCAAGAAAUCGUCUCCACAUCGUACCUUCUGGACAGGGCGCGGGCUUAAGCCCUGCGCUGCCACAAGAGCCUCUCAGAGAAGCCAUGACUGAAAAGAGUUCCAACAGCGAGAAUGCGUCCUUGCCUAGUAAAGUCCCAGAGUAUGCAGUUACUCCUCGAUCGGCAGCCAAGCCCGGUGCUCUGGAGGAGGUACCACUGAAUGAAUCGACAGCUAGAAGUGUGGAUUCAAGGCAACGCUCCUACGAAUCUCUGGCUCAAUCUACAGGAGAGGAAACUCUGCGUCGCAGCCGUAAAUGGGCAGAACGGCACCGCAGCCCAAGCCCUCGCUCGAAGGACCCUGCUAAUGCCAAGGAGAUGCUUCCCAAGGCGCUCAGUCGAAUUGGAACAAAGAACAUGGACAUUUCUGGAUAUCGGAAACUCCAAGGACUCUUCCAAUACCACGGCGAGGAGCUUAUUUCUCAACAGCAAGACUAUUUCGCAAUCCUCGGGGCUUUGUUGAAUGAGCUCGAAGCUGCACCCAUCAAUCGCAAGGACCACGAUGUGAAGACCCAGAUACUGGCUACGAUUCGUUCAAUGCUCAUCCGAACCAAUGACCUUUUCCAUGAGUACGAUAUCCCUGCCAUGGCAGCUCUCAUCCGAGCCCGUCGGCACUACGAGUCAAACUCACACUUUGUCACUUGCCUGGAGGAGGUGGCCGAGCAGUUGGUCUCCUUGAUCCCGGCCCCAACUUCUAUCAAUGGUGUGCUGCAAGGGUUAGAUCUUGGGGAUGAUGCUAAUUGCGAAGGAGCCUACCGAUCAAUCAUCUUGGGACUUUUUGUCAUGCAUCAGGCACUUGCGCAAGCUUCUUACGAGAUUACCGAUGAGGUUCUCGCCAGCGUGGGAGCUGUGGUCAGCCAGCAACUUAACCACUGCCGUCCAGGGGUGCGCAAGCAGGCCACUGAGCUGUGCACUCUUCUGAACCUGAAGUUCGGGCUUGAACGCGUGCAGAAGCUCACACAGCCGGCCGGGGAAGGCUCGCUCAACUUGCUCACCUACUUCAUGGCCCGCCGAUCCCAGUGA